CUCUCCCUUGCUCAGUACUGGCCAAUCGCAAUGUGGUGGGCCCAUGGGUUUGGGUCUUGCUAAUAACUCCGUUUUCACUCACUCGCAACACUUUUUGGAUACUUUUCCUUUGUUACGAAGUCGGCGUAAUUGUGGAGGAAAAAAGUGAAUUGGGGUUGGUUCUAAUUUUGUGCUGUUCUGACGUUGCACCUUUAUACCAGUUGCGCCAUCUCAUCGCAUCAGUGCACCGGGUGUAGUCGACAAGGUUGAUGUGUUGGAGGGAUGGAGGGAAGGAGAAGCCAGCAAAUCCUCCCGACUUGAAGCUUCAAUGAGCAAAGAAAACAGUACGUCGUUACAACCGGAGAUCUCUCGAGCUUAUCCCUGGAGGGGAACUACGACAACAGCACCAGGAAUGUUUCAUUGUACGAGUAGGUCCGGCCCACCUUAGACUUUAAUUAUAACGCUGUAAGUAAGUCUGUGGGGUCUUUGCACUUCAUGCGCGCUUGCGACGUUCCACCAGCAAAUACUUCUUUGUGAAUUGUGUCUUCGUUAUCUUUUACGUCUUCUUAUAAAAACUAUUGAUUUGUAAAUAAAAUUCUUUAAAAAAGAAGCUACCUUCACCUGUUGAAGCUCAGUAACUUGCAAGACACUGGAUAGGCCAGUUUUAUGACGGUUGUUUCCAAGUCCUGCCAACGCCAGAGUACCAUGUGACAGGAAUUAUUCGCGGGUGACCACGGCAAAAAUAUCGAAUCUUUUCUAGAUUUUUAUGUAGGACAUCAAGGUGUAGAUCAGAUUCGUAUAUUAUAUACAUUGAUAUAACGGGUACCGACAAUGGAGACACAUAAGCGGGCGACACAUACAGAAGGUGUGGAUGCACUAAAUAAUAAUAUGCUACCCCCCAAAAGCCGUUUGAAAUUGUGCCGUGUUGUUUAUUUCGGACUCAAAGAAUGAUAUUAUUUCUAUUCUAAAGUAUUUUGACAGAAUUAUUUGUCAAACGGAUGUGUCGUGGAUUAAAUAACAGUUUGGAGAAAAAAAAACCUGUACCUCUCUCUGGAUAUCUGGACAGAAUUGGAAGGAGCAAGCAUGUUCUCUGGAGUGACAGAUUGGAUCUGAUUUCGGGAUUGCUAUUCAUUAAAUUCACGUUGGUUUUCGUUUUAUAUAGAUUGGCUGAUGAGAUCAGAUACAGCCUAUUUGGUUUCUGCAUUAAUAAAUGGGAUUUGGUAGGACGGAGAAUAAUAUGAAAGUUUGUUGAAGGAAUUGCUGCUCUAGUGAUGUGAUCGAGUGGAGAUUGUUGAAGGCUGUAUAGUGAUCGUUUCUUUUGUCUUAAAUCAGCCACAUGUCCUGUUGUGAUGUCAUAUAGCCGUGCAUAUAGCCACAUGUAGAGUAUCAGCCUCACAACUUCAUAUAAUUUUAGAACGUGUUGUUCAAACUUGUCUUUCAAGAGAGAGACUUUGGUUUGGCAAGAAUAUCAGCUAAUUCUAAGUGAUCAAUCUUGCACACUUCGACGGGCAUAACAAAAGAAAAUAUUACGCGCCGAAAACAUAGUCAGUUCAAUUUGAAAACACGAUCUAAAGAGACUGCAUACCUGUCUGUAUCUCCUUCUGAAUAGACGAGAAACUAUUUUAUAUUACUUGGGGGCCCUGAAUCGGAUUUAGCUUCCUGAAUCUGAGAAAUCAGGCCAGGCACUCUGAAGACUGCUAAGAGUUGUUUGAUAUAAAAGCAAGGUUAAAAUUAGAGUAAAUAGUGCAAUUACAGAAUUGAAAUAAUAUCAAAUUCAUUCUUAUUGACACAAAAGACAAUAUUUAAAGAACAGUUUCAAAGAUACUGCUUUUAUUAUCUUCUGUAAGGAUACCGGUUCAGGCCAGAUCAAAGAACUAGAAUUUGCUUUUUUUACGGGCACUCGUAAUUAAUGAAACUUAGUUUUAUUUCGUAAUUCCUGAGAAAUCGUGGUGGUCUCCAGAAGUGUUAACUCUAUGUUUUCAAACGGGAAUCCGAACUACGCAUUGUGAAUGCAUGGGAACUGCGGCGUCGUAACUAAACCAACAACAAAACGCCAUGGAGCUCAUUGAAGUCGACAGCUGGUACAGCAAUGAGACAGUCGCCCAGUUCAAGAACAACACGACUGACGUCACACAAUUACUCCUGGAGAAGUUGGGGCCCCGACGUCGAGACCUGGCUUCAGUGAUUCUGUUGACCAUCGUCUACUCGAUUAUCUUCCUGUCCGGAGUGGUGGGCAACGUGUGUACGUGCUUGGUCAUCGCUAAGACUCACUCUAUGCAGACCACGACCAACUACUACCUUUUCAGCCUGGCCGUGUCGGAUCUGCUGCUCAUUUUGAUUGGUCUUCCUCCUGAACUGUACUCCAUCUGGGAAGCCUACCCAUGGCGCCUGGGGGAGGCGUUUUGCUACCUACGUCAGAGCGUUCUGGAGUCUACGUCAUACGCCUCUGUGCUGACCAUCACGGCCUUCACCGUAGAGCGCUACCUGGCCAUUUGCCACCCUCUUCUGGCGCACAAAAUUUCGGCUCUUUCCAGAGCUGUGAAGAUUAUUAUCUCAAUCUGGGCAGUCUCGCUGAUGGUAGCUUUGCCUUAUGCUGCACACACUCGUAUAUAUUAUCAGGUCCGUGUGCCGGAGACGAACGAAGCGGUGCCGGAGUCGUUGAUGUGCAGUAUCCCGUACCACUUUCUGUCCGGAUUCAUGUACUACAUGUUCCAAGUGUCGACCUUCAUCUUUUUCAUCACGCCCGUCACCGUCAUCAUCAUCCUCUACAUUCUUAUUGGUGUAUCGUUGAGGCGAUCUCCGCUGGCCAGGGGAGCCUCUGAUGAGCGCAGCUACUCCAGUAUGAAGAGCUCAUCCAAGUUGCCACAGCAACCACGCAAAGUGGUCAUACGCAUGCUCAUUGCUGUGACUGUUGCCUUCAUCGUGUGUUGGGCGCCGUUCCAUGCGCAGCGGCUAAUGACACUGUACGUCCCUCACUGGACGCCACAUCUGCUGGAGGUUCAGUCCCACAUUUUCUACAUCUCCGGCGUGCUGUAUUUCGUCAGUUCCACCGUGAACCCCAUCCUCUACAAUGUCAUCUCAAAAAGAUACAGGGCAGCUUUCAAACAGAUAAUUUUUCCGUGUUGCUACACUAAGCCAGUGCCAGGCACCAACUGCGUUCCUCGCCAUUCCGAACGCUCCAAAUCUCAAGCCAUGGUCGUGCUCCGGAAUGGACAUGAUAGUCUCCGCGUCAUGUUCAGGCAAGAUUCAAACGACACCGCUACCAACUAUGAGACAAUCCCUCUUAACGGGUCACUCCGUCAUCACACUCUGCAGAGCAACGACCUCGUUAUUCCCGAACAUUCCAGCAUGGGUAAUAGCAGUAGCAGCGGAGGUAGUGCUGACGUCAUAGUCAGCCAAUCAUAUACCGGCAUUGUGGCCGGGCAAGUUCAAACAUCUAUCGCAGUGCCGCCCUCAAAAAGAUUUUCAUUCACUGGGAAAGACAGAGAGUUAAAACAGGAUGACUACGUGAUCACGAAUCGAGGUGCCGAAGCAAGGGAGAAAGGAACAGGAGAACGAGAAGGAGACGGAGAAAAAGGCGAGGACAGGGGAGAUGGGAACCCUUGCAUUGUGUCACGAGAUGACAAGACUGCAGCUGCUUUGAGGAAGGCGGAGAAACCGAGGAAAAGCUACGCCCACCAAGUGAAUGGGAGGGUCUCUUUUAAACAAGCCCCGCCCUCUUGUGACUGUGAUGCUGUGCAUACCACUACAGUGAGAUAGUGGGUCUACUGCAUGGACUGGAAUUGUAAAAGUAUCCUAGAUCGGACACUGUCAUGGCCGCCGCUCUUUGCUCUCUAUUGAACCUUCUCUGCGCUAAAGAGCACAACGGGCGAACAGCCUCACUGUGGAGUUCGGGGUCAACAUUUUCCUUCUUGUGUUACAUUUGGUUCCAAAUAGAAUCAAAUGAUGCGCUUAGUGGUGAACCGGAAGUAUGCCCUAUCUUGGGUUUUCGGAUAUUACAAUACAAGCCUUUGGUCUACAGACACUUAUAAUUGUGAGCUAGGCUGUUGUCUCUGCGGGAAAUAAUGUUUAUAUUGACCAUCGAUAAAUCAUUGUGUAAAUAACUUCAUCUGCCAUAAAAUAAUAAUAGACUAUGUUUUCUGAGCGCAAUGGCAAUGAGGCCAUUUUGACGCCCUAGGAGUGAAAAGUGCGUUCUUGGAUUACAUCUUCAAAAUAUGCGGAUAAAACGUUUUGUUAUUAUGUGUAUACAUUUUCUUGUAGCCUUCCAGUGUUGCAGAUGUAGCCUUCCUGGAAAUCAUAACCAAACGUUCUAUUCUUGAUCUUGUGAAUCAAGUCACCCAAAGCAAAAUAUUAUUAUACUUAAGAAUGUCGGACAGGUCUGGCUUUAAAUAAACGCCUGAAGUGCUGAGAUGAAAACUUCAAGUUCUAUUCAAGUAUUAUUCAUUUGUAUUUUCUUCUUUCUUGUCUGGAAAAGUUGAAUGUUAUUAAAAUGUUUUGCUCCAAACUCAA